GCUGAAUCACAGCAUAGUUUCAGGGCUGUUUAGAAGUCACUGCUGAAGCUCUUUGACGGAUUUAAUAAGUCGACGACGAGGCUGGAGAAAGCUUAAGUAUCUUAGGGUGACUUUGCCGUGUGGCAGUGGAAAUGGUCGAAAAUAUCUAAGCAUAUGUGAUGGCAGAGCUACCAUCUGGACUGCUUGAGGCAUGUGUAGUAGUUGGAGCCUCCAGUGAUAAGCUUCGCGACGUAUUCCAGCUUCAUCAGCAAAGCAAGUUAGAUCAACUCCCUGUGCUGGAAGCUGAAGUACUGCAGGUCCAUGCCCCGCCCUUUGUUUCCAAGGAGACUAACUCGAGCCAGUUGAUUGGUCCAGCUUUCAGUCGCGUCCAGAGGAGGAGGAGCUUCAUAAAGAAGAAGAGGAGAGAUCGUGCUGCAGAUGUCUCGUCUAACGGAGAAACAAACAAUCGCAAUGAAGUGUCCUCAGUUACAGAAGACAUCAGUGUUCCAAAGGAUCUGGACCUCAUUGCCUUGCCACAGCUCUGUUUCCCUGGUGGUCUCCAGUUGGCCAGUGAGCCGAGAGAAGACAGCUAUCACUUCCUGGUUUUCACUGACCUUUUUGGGAACCGAACCCAUGGAGUCAUUGUGCAGUACUACAGAGCUGUUCAGUCCUGCCUGGAGGGGUCCAUCCAGAAUGGCCACAGGUGGAAUUCAUCAAAGUGUCGCCUUUAUGCACCAUUUGCUGUGUGUGUCAUCUCCAAGUUUCCAUAUUACAAUGCUCUGAGGGACUGCUUGUCAUGCCUCCUGGUUCAACUGCGGCCUGCAAGACAAGCUGACUUUGAGGAGACUAUAAAGGAAUUUUCAGCCAAGCUAUCGCUAGUUCCUUUACCACCUCCUGGACAGCUACAUGUGUCAUUCACUCUACGUCCUCUCCAAGUGGUUCUUCCAUCGAGGGUGGAUCAAGAAAGCCCUGUUAUCGACAUCGACCUGCAUUUACCUUUUCUCUGUUUCAGCCAUACAACACUACUCCAGGUACUGUCGUGCCUCCUUCAGGAGCAGAGGCUGGUUUUCUUUUCUGCUGACUGGGCUAGGCUCACCCUGGUUGCAGAGAGUUUGCUGCUGUACCUGCAGCCCCUGUCCUGGCAGCAGCCCUAUGUUCCUGUCUUGGCUCGUGGAAUGCUUGACUUCCUUAUGGCUCCUACAGCUUUCCUCAUGGGAUGUCACAUCAGUCAUUUUGAAGAAGUUGCUGCAGAGACAGAAGAACUAAUCCUGGUGAACAUCGACGAUGGCAUCAUUCAGUCGUCAUGGUCUGACACUAUCGACCUACCAGCUAUCCCUCUGGCUGCAGCUGAAAGCUUUAUGUCAAGGGCAGAGUGUCUUCAGCUGCACUACGACUUGGAGCUUUGUCACCUCGGAGCAGGGACAGAUGCCAAUGCCAUGCGAUCCCAACGCAAAGAAUGGCAGGCACGGCUCAACUCACAGAUAGAAAAUAUCACUUUAGAGCUAGUGGUCAACAUAUUCAGAGGCGUCCAGGACUUUCUAAACCAUGAACACAGAGUCUUUAACAGUGAAGAGUUUCUAAGGACCAGAGAUCCAGCAGACCAGUCCUUUUACAAGAAGGUCUUAGACACUCAUAUCUUCCACUCGUUCCUGCGAGACAGGCUCAACAGGAAACGGGACACUUUUAGCCGCAUGGAGCAGAGCACAAGAAACCAUGCUCACAGGAAUCGUGCAAUGACAGAGUCUCCUCGGCGUCCUCCCAUGUCUGAGCUCUCCAGGACCGGUUACAGCAGCUACACCAGCCCUGAUAACAGACUGAGCAAGAGGCUGGGGGCCAGCCUGCCGAACCUGGAACAAUCUGCCAAUGACUGUAUACCUGCCAUCAGAUCCAACAGACCUGCCUCUCUCAGGAAGAUGACCCCUGAUGCUGGUUUGAAGUUUCCUCAGAAACCUGUGAGGGUUUUCCACCUUCCAGAGUUCCCCCCUCCGCUGGCCUAUCAUUACGUCCAGAACUAUUAUUCUGAAAUGGUGGCGUCCCUGGGGAAGUGUAUCAGUGCUACACCACCUGACGAGUCUGCCCUGUUGGCCAGGUACCACUACCUGCGUGGUUUGGUGAACACUGUGUCUAACAGGCGUCUAGAUGCACUGGACGAUUUCCAGAGUCUCUACAAGACAGACUCUGAGAUUUUUCCCUCUCAGAUGGUGAAGUCAUUGGUUGACUCUCUGCCAGACGCUGAACGCUUACAGGCAGACAGAAGGCCAGAACUUAAGAGGCUCAUCAGCAGGGUCAAGAGAGACCAGGAACGGGAACGUGCUCGCAAUGACAACAGGCAUGAGGAAGAUGCAGUGAAGCACUUUCAGCUGCCGAGAAAGUACAUGCAGCUGGAGGAGUUUGUGAAAUGUGUCCAAGAGUCCGGCAUAGUAAAAGAUCAAGGAACCAUACACAGACUCUUUGAUGCUCUAACCGUUGGUCACCAGAAGCAGGUCGGUCCAGAUUUGUUUCGAGUGUUUUACACCAUCUGGAAGGAGACAGAGGCCGAGGCACAGGAGGUAUGUUUACCAGCGUCUGUCUUGGAGCACAUCGAGCCCUCUGAGUGUGUCUUCAAGCUGUCCUCCUCUGUGAAGACGAGCCGUGGUGUGGGAAAGAUCGCCAUGACCCAACGACGGCUUUUCCUCCUUACAGAUGGACGCCCAGGAUACGUGGAAGUGGCACAGUAUCGAGAUCUAGAGGAGGUGAAAGUGUCCUCUGCUCCUUUCCUUCUGCUGCGAAUCCCCAGCUUAAAGCUGCGCAUUCGAGGCAGAAAGGAUGUGUUUGAGGCCAAUUUGAAAACAGAGACGGAGCUUUGGAACCUAAUGGUCAAAGAGAUGUGGGCCGGGCGCAACAUGGCAGAUCAACACAAGGACCCUCAGUACAUGCAGCAGGCUCUGACCAAUGCCUUGUUAAUGGAUGCAGUGGUGGGCAGCCUUCAAAACAGUAAGGCCAUCUACGCUGCUUCAAAGCUGGCUCAUUUCGACCGCAUGAAGAUGGAAGUGCCAAUGAUGGUUCCUAAGACAACAGCAGAGACGCUGAAGCACAAAAUUAACCCCUCACUGGAACUGGCUGCUCCUCAGGCUGUAGAUGUUCUUCUCUACACACCAGGUCAGUUAUGGGUGUCUGUGUGCGGGGGGAAGGUGAUGGUGUUUGAUGCCUCCAGCUGGUUCCUCACUCACACCUGUCAUGUUGGAAAUGCAAGACUGAACUGCAUGCUGGGAGUUGAUAAGGACCAGGUCUGGAUGGGCUCAGAGGACUCAGUGAUCUACAUCAUCAGCAUGGUGGCCAUGGUGUGUAACAGACAGCUGACUGAACACAGAGCUGAGAUCACAGGACUCGCAGUAGAUACCGACAAAUACAGCCAGAAGGUGGCGUACUCCUGCAGUGCAGAGGGAAGCGUCAUGGUGUGGGACGUCUCAACACUGCAGGUGAAGAGGCACUUCCGUCUCUCCUGUGAUCGCCUGCAGUUUGUGCUCAGCUCUAACGCAACACUGUGGUGCUGCUCCAGAGACAGUAUCAUGGAGGUGUGGAGAAACGGUUUAGUGAAACAACGUCUGAAUUUACCAGAGCAGCAGAAAGGAUCCACAGCUACAUUCAGCUCUAUCCUGCUGUUACCAGAGAGGGAGGAGCUGUGGAGUAUUUGUAUGGACUCAGGAGAAGUGUGUGUUUGGCACAUUAAGGACACUUCAAAACCUUGUCACCGGGUGUCUCUGCAGGACUGCACUGGAUGUUACUGCAUGAUUAAAGUUAAAAAACAGGUGUGGGUUGGUGGUGUUGGCCGCAGUUCUACCAAAGGGAAGAUUUACAUCCUGGACACAGAGCGCCAUCAGGUCCUGAAGGAACUUCAUGGCCAUACUGACAAGGUGAUGGCGCUCUGCUCUGCGGAAGAUCGCUAUGUCCUUAGUGGAGCUGGAAAGCAUGAUGGAAAAAUUGCUAUCUGGAAAGUGGAGUAGAGUGGUUAACUGUUUGGAAAUAAGGAGUAUUCAGUUGGAUUCUUUGUAUUUAAUACCAUUUCUCUCCAUAAACUGCUCUGACAGGGGGUCUAAACCCUGGAGAAAGGAUACAAAGGUGCAGAAAAGAGGUGGAUCAAAAUCACAACCUCUGUUUGCCUUUUCCAUCUCAGUGAUAUGAAGGAAUCACAUGUCCAUCAUGUGGCGCAACAUGUUUACACAAAGCAACCCCAUCUAAGCAGCCUCCCACGCUGUCAUGAUGUGAUGAUGAGCAAUACUAACAGCACUAACAUUAUUUUUUGGUAACAUGAAGGAUAAAUGAAGACUGAAAAGGUAACUGUAAUGGAUAUAUUUUCAAUGUAAAGUGCUACACUUUACCUGUUUUUGUAUUUCUAUACCCUGCUUUAUUUAAUGUCUGACCAUGUUUAUACAGUUUAGAUCAGUAUUAUGUGGGAACGUUGUGUGACUGAGCUGCACCUCCAGCUGUGUUUCUGACGUGAGUUCCUGCAGCUCAGAGGAGUCAAACUACCCUGAAAACAAAUCUGCUGUGAUGGAGAUUACAGUAGCACUGUGGGAAAAGCCAGAAAAACUUCUAUUUUGAUGGAAGUUGUGUAAUAAUGGAUAAUGUACUGCUGACAUAGGAUGAUGGAUUUAAACUGGUAACUUUGGCAUAUGAAAUGGCAAUACAUAUUUAAGAGGAACAUGUUAUGUCCCAAAACAACUGGAAGCUGAUAACAACUUCAGACAUUAUAGACAUCCCAGAGUGUUUUGCUUUUAUUAUACCUCAUUGUUUUACCUGAAAGUAUGUACAUUUGUUUUGUUUUCCUCAAGGAAAAAUCUACCUGUUUUUCUCUUUGCAAUGCAUGAAGGCCAUCUGUCUUUAUACAAAGACAACUAAUGUGUCAGUCCUGGUGAGGAAAUGCUCAGAUAUAGAACUACGUCUUGUUAGUCAUGAUUUUAUGUUGAAAGCUGGCUCAGAAUAAUCUUUUUUUCAAAUAUAUUUACUAUAUGCAUUUUUGUAGGUUUUCUGGCCAGUUAUUUGUAUUAGCCAUCUGAGGCAGACUGAAGUUCAAUCUCCAAGGACUAAAACAACCACAGUGAAACCAGUUUUUCUUGGUUGUAACAAAAAGAAUACAUUGGAUCAUUUGGGCUCAUAAUUUCUGAAUGGCACUCUUAGAUUCUUUGUAUGGAUUUAUUUAAAGACUGUGUAGGACAUUUAAACAUGAAAUAUAUUCCUUUUUAAAUCUUAGCCAGUGUUCAUGAUUAUUUUCUUUAUAAUCUCUAUUUAAGAAAUAUUAAACUGUAAAAUAUCAACUGCUAUUUUUCUAAUAUUAAACAAACAGUUAAAAAAACACUCUAGAGUAAGUUUCAGUUUAAUCAUAUAUUUAAUAUUUCUUUGUAACUGGGAGCUAAAGAGGAAUCAUGGGCAGGCUGCCCACAGAUUUGUCUGGACCCCUGAAAACCCUGAGAAUGGGCCCUCUCCAGCUGUGAUUUAUUGAUACAAUCAAUGCAUGUAUAUGACCAGUAGCACUGAUGCCAGCACGUGUUUGGCUAAUAGUUCAUUUUAAAGCUAAAAAAUGUCUCAGACUAAUGGGUUCUGAUUUGUGACACUUUUUGACCAGUUUCCCCACCCAUUGGUGCAAUUACUUGCCAUUUUUCAUUAAUUUAGUGCAAUUUCUGCCCAUUUUUGCCAUUGUAAACCCAUUUUGCUACUUUUAUAAUCCUGUUUCACCACCUUCUCAACCCAUUUAACACAUUUGUACUGCUUUUAACCCUUUUUGCAACAUGUCAUAUCCUAUUUCACCACCUUUCCCCCAUUACUUCCACUUUUUAGCCAUUUUUGCCCCUGUAGAACCCUUUCCACCACUUUUUCUGCCUGUUUUUGCGACUUUCAACCCAGUUUUUGACCCUUUUCAUCUAUCGUUGCCACUGUUGCCCCAUUAUUGCCACUGUUAACACCUUUUCACCACUGGUUACAUAAAUUUUAUUUUACCAAUUUUAACUGCAUUUGACUGUUUGGCCCAUUUUUGCCACUUUCUCAAUUUUUUGCCUCUGUUAACCCAUUUGCUGCAUUUUAAUCCCAUUUCAAAACCUUUUCCACUUAUUUCUCCACCUUUAAAAUGUUUUUGCAACUUCUAACCCAUUUUUUGUUACAUUUAUAACAUCCUAUUUCACCACCUUUCCCCCAUUUCUUCCACUGUUAAGCCAUUUUACCACUUUAAAACUGAUUUUGUGCUCCAUCUUAUCAUCAUUGCCUCUGUUUACCCUUUAUUUCACAGCUUAACAAUAGAAUGGACCAAGAGUUUUCUGACCUCCACUGGCUGGGCCCCAGAAAGCUCUCCCUUUUAUCUACUCUUGUGGGUGGCCUUGAUCAUGGCACAUCUCUAAGAAAAUAAUAUUCUUUCUAAGCCUAAAAAUAAAAUGCAGCAGGAAUUGAUGGGUCAAAAGUACAUGAUACUUUACCAAGACAACAAAACAGGCUUGAAGUGCUGCGUCAUCCAACAUUUUACAGCUUUAUAAAGUCAUUUUAAAGAUGUAUAGAGUGAAUUUAUUACUUUUGCUGAACCCCUCCAAGAAAUACACCCAGGAUGCAAAUGGUGAAGCUUCCUUGCCUUGUUUUUGCAUUUCCUUGAGCUCACCAGA